CUCAGUUCAGUGACACGACAGGAAUUAAAACCCGUUCAUUCAAGGAGCGCAGGCUGAGUGGGAGGGUCCGCGCGCGUCCUCCUGCACCACUAUUACGCACCGAAGUUGCAGCGCGGCACAGAGGUCAUCACCACUGCCAGGGUGGAUUACUGACAGCACCCAGGUGACUGCACCGAUGAGAUGAUCCUAAAACACCACAGGAGUCCUCUUCUGCUCACCGUCACCUGCAUGUGCUUCUCGGGGGGUCUGCUCUGGUCCUACCAGGAGGAGGAUGCCAGUGACGGUGACGAGUGCUCUGAAAAUAACAUUGCCACCACAAAGUACCCCUGCGUGAAGUCGACUGGAGAAGUUACGACGUGUUACAGAAAGAAAUGUUGCAAGGGCUUCAAGUUUGUGUUGGGCCAGUGCAUUCCUGAAGAUUUUGACGUGUGCGCUGGCGCCCCCUGUGAGCAGCAGUGCACCGACCAUUUCGGUCGGGUUGUCUGCACCUGUUACCCCGGCUACCGCUAUGACCGGGAGCGCCACAGAAAAAGAGAGAAGCCCUACUGCCUGGACUUGGACGAAUGUGCAAACAAAAACACGACCGCCUGCUCUCAGGUCUGCAUCAAUUCUUUGGGGAGCUACAGGUGUGAGUGUGAGACAGGCUAUUUCCUGGAGGAAGAUGGGAAAACGUGCACCAAGGGGGAGAGAGCAGUGCAUCUCUUUGAAAAGUCCGACAACGUGAUGAACGCUGGGACUUGCUCAGCCACCUGCGAUGAUUUCCACCAGAUCAAGAUGUCGGUCCUGCAGCUAAAGCAGAAGAUGGCCCUGCUGUCAAACAGUGCUGACGUCCCUGAGCAGACGACCAGCAAGAAAAUGACUUCCUCCGCAUUUUUACCAGGACCUCCAGGUCUCCCUGGCCCCCCAGGAGAUCCAGGAACAGAGGGCCUUCCAGGGUUUAAUGGUCUAGUGGGGCCUCCUGGCCCUCCUGGACCGAGGGGCUUAAUGGGGCCCAUUGGACCCACACCAGACCUGUACCACAUCAAACGUGGCCCUCGAGGAUCCGUGGGGCCUCCAGGAGCAUCAGGAAAGGAUGGGCGAAAGGGGGACAGAGGAACUCCUGGGCCCGUCGGACCACCAGGUCCUCCAGGCUCCUUUAAUUUCCUGCUCGUGCUCAUGGCUGACAUCCGCAACGACAUCGCUGAACUGCAGAGCAAGGUGUACGGUCGGCCGUUGCCCUCGCCGGUGGACGACUUCUCUACAGUCCCCGACAGCUGGAGGGUCAACACGGACAGUCAGGACACGGGAUCAGGGGAUGACGACAAAUAAGCACCAUCUUGAACAGGUGGAGAGGAGGAGGAAACCAGACGGGACAGACAUUGACUGAAAUAUUUAAAGAGGGUCGAUUGAAAGACUUUAUGUCGGAUGUCAAUACUGAAAGUGGUUUGAUUUUUUAUUUAACUGUAUAAACUAUACAUGUCUUUUCAUCACAGAUGUUUAUUUUUGUAUGAUAUACAAGAGUAUAUGUAAUUUUAUAACAAAAUGAGCAGACUGUGCAAAUGCAUGUUUUUUUUAUUGGAUGUUUUCAGAAACAUAUUGUUCCUUCACAGCACAUUAAACAAGUCUCUCGUGGAA